AUGCCCUCAAUCACACUACACACACGCUCCUCUGGGAUCACCCAAACUACGCCCGCAAACGCCCCCUCCCACCCCGUCCACAACCCACUUCCCCAACUCCUCCAAACGCCCUCAGGCCUCGCUCUCCUCGAACUCCAGGCUACAAUCAACGUGCCCACCUCCGAAGCCGAGCAAGACGACCGCAGCGAAGACAAUGGCCUCGCAAAUUCCACCUCCUACGAAACCCCGAUCGGCAAACUCAUGUUCCCGGACUACUCGAUCCAUAACCCGGACGACACGAAGUGGAUGAAACGAGUGUACCUAUACGUUGGACGGUAUCAGCGGAUGACCGGAGAGGUCAAGAAGCUUCCGCGACCGAUUGCGGUGCUACAGAAGAGGGCUGGGACUGUUGGGACGGAGGAAUUGGAGGUGGUGGAGAUUGUGCGGUAUAAGGUGUUUUUCAAGAGCCGACCGGAGCCGGUGAAUGAUGUUUGA